AAAAAAAAAAAGAAAAAAAAAAGAGUUAAAAUUUAAAAGGAAACCCUAGUGCCCGAUAAGCGCCAUCCCCCCACCCCUCUCUCUACCUCAACCUUUGCUUCUCUCUCUCCACGGCCAUGGCGAGCACCGAUCCUGCGGGCAAGGUGGAGGAGAAGGCGAAGGAGGAGGAGGAGGAGGCCUCCGCGGCCGCCGCCGCCCCCGGCGAGGACGAGGACACCGGCGCCGAGGUCGCCCCCAUCGUCAAGCUCGAGGAAGUCGCCGUCACCACCGGCGAGGAAGAGGAGGACGUACUCCUCGAUCUGAAGGCGAAGCUCUAUCGAUUCGAUAAGGAAGGGAGCCAGUGGAAGGAGCGGGGGGCGGGAAACGUGAAGCUUCUCAAGCACAAGGAGAAUGGGAAGGUUCGGUUGGUGAUGAGACAAGCCAAAACCCUAAAGAUCUGCGCCAACCAUCUAGUUGUUUCGACGACCAAGAUGCAGGAGCAUGCAGGGAGCGACAAGUCGUGUGUUUGGCAUGCUACGGAUUUCGCUGAUGGGGAAUUGAAGGAGGAGAUGUUUGCCAUUCGAUUUGGAUCUGUUGAGAACUGCAAGAAGUUCAUGGAGACGGUUGAAGAAAUUGCCGAAUCACUUGGCAAGAAUGUGGAGAGCGAAGAUGCUUCAGCCACCGCGGGGCUUUUGGAGAAUCUAACUGUAAGUGGAAGCAAUACAGCGGAAGCUGAGCCAAAAGUAGAAACUGCAGCACCUCCUCCUACAUCAUAAGCCUAAAUUUACUAAAGCACCUUUUGAGAAUCUUGUAGUGAGUCGUGCUCCUCACGUUAAUGUAUUCCUGAAUUUACUGUUGUUUGAUUUAGAAGUGGGGCAGGGUCUGGGUAUUUUUGUUGGUGGUUCUUAACGUUAUAUUUGAGUUUUGAUUUGUUUUUUGUGAUGGCCAUUUGUAUGUUGUUAAAAUUCAUUUUGCCACUGGUUUGGUAUUUUGGUGAUUUAGUUACUCUCGUAGUCAUUAUAACCAUUGGACUGGAAAUAAGAUGAGCUUUCCAUCAAUUUCUGUUU